GAUCCCUUUUGUACCCUACGUCCCUUAUUGCAGGAAUGUAGAAGAGUUAAAAGAGCUGCUGCCAAAUGUAGAUUUGUCCUCCCCGGUUAUUGACAACACUCCAGCUCUACAUUUCACUGUUCGAGAGAGGCAGGGUGAAGUUUUAGAGUUGCUCCUAACAGGUGGUGCUGACAUUAACCAGGCUGACGGGGAUGGGAGAACUGGUCUUCACAUUGCUAUCAGUAAUCACCUAAUUGAUCUAUCAAUAAAACUGCUGCUAGCUGGAUGUCGAGUUGAUCUGCUCGACAACUUCGGCCAACAUCCAGUACAUAUAGCAGUAGAUAACGAGGAUAUGGAGGCUUCUCAGCUUCUGCUCGACUUCCACUCCGAUGUUAACAUCCAGAAUAUGUACGGCAAAACGUGUCUCCACCUGGCGAUAAAGUUGGGGAACGCUGCACUUAUAGACUUGUUCAUGUCACACGGUGCCCUGGCCUCUAUUCCUGAUAACAACGGUCAAACUGCUGCUCACAUUGCUGCUAAGGCCAACAAUUUUGAGGUUUUCAAGGAACUCUCGACUAAAUUGGAGACAGAUUUCGAUCGCAAAGAUAAGCUCGGUAGAACAGCACUGUUGUGGACUAUUAACAACAGUAACCUGGCCAUGCUGGAUUUCCUCUGUGAGCUUGGUGUAGACCUUUCUGUCAGAAACUACUUCAGAGAAACUUCACUCUUCACAGCUUCUAAUCUCUAUAUCUACCACAAAGAUAACACCGAUAAGAGCAGCAUUCUGAAAGACAUGAUCUUGAAGCUGAUGGAGCACGCAGCAGAUCUAGAUUGUCCUAACGUGAAAGGAGUUACUCCAGUUCAGCUGUUUGUGAGUAAUGGAGUACUUGACAUGUCACAUCUUCUGCUUCUAAACGGGGCUGAUGUGAAUCAGACUAACCAGAGUGGGGAAAGUUUGCUCUACACUGCAGUCAGAAACUCAAACCUCGACCUGACAGAACUUAUCCUUGGGUUUGGUCCACGGUUAGAGGAUGAUAAUUCUAGAGAUGUCUCCUUACUUCACAUCGCCGCUUUUAAUGGAGAUGAAGAGAUGUUAGAAUUGUUACUUCACAACAGAAUGAAGCCCAGUCUGACCAACGGUGAGGGGCAAACACCUCUUCACAUAGCAGUCUCACGAUUACACGAGAAGUGUAUGAGGGUUUUGAUAAAGUUUGGAGCAGACCUUUGCAGUCAAGACAGCAAGGGGAACUGUCCACUUCACUUCCUUGUAUCCAAAGCAGCAUCUUUUAACCUGUAUGUGGACAUGAAGACCAAAACAAGGCUCACCGGUAAAGUCAGUUAUGUGAACAGACACUGGUAAUUAACUGCAAAUCUUGGAAUUUUUAUGUGAUAAGAUAAUUUUGAUAAUUAAAACUAGCCCGGCUAACGACACAUGAGCCCUUUUUGUGCAGAAUUUUUACAUAAUCAGAUUUCGCAACUUUCACACCGAGCAUUCAAGAAAAAGGUCGAAAUGGUUGCUGAAAUAAAAAUAACAUUUUAUAUUCAUAAUUUUGUUCAUUUUUUGAUUGAAGAUUUAUAGUAAUUAGAAUUCGCUGGUUCAUUAAUUAAACUGUUUUUAAAUUUAGCAACGUGAGUAACGUGAGGCUAAUAAGUAUGUCGAAGAUUAAAUUUGAAUGAAUUCGAUCAUGCCCGUAUGAUUCACAACUCCACCCAAGGUUGCGUUAUAGAUAAGGUAAUUGAUUUAAUUUAAAUUUAUAUGGAUUCAGUUUGGAUGAUGAGGGUUUGAUAUUAUUAUAUUUGUAAUUUAUACUUCUGAAACUCGUAUUUCAAUCCAG